AUGACGUCACAAGCUGUGUACUGUCUAAGUCUUCAGAUACGUCCAACGGCCGAAGAGGGCAAUGCAGUGUCGGCGACGAACGGUGGCACCGAGGGGCAGCUGCAGGUGGUCAGCGGAGGCGUUAAGUCCUCGGCGACGGCGGUCGUGGCCAGUUCGGCGGCCGGCAUCGUAACCACGGCACCGACGAUGGUCACGGCCGGUGGGGCGCUGAUCAGUGGCCUGGAGAAGUCCGGCGUCACCAUCUCGGCCGAAGCGUCCCGCGCUCUCCACUCGCACGCCAUCCAGCUGCAGCAGUCGCACGUCACCGGGCCGGCCGGUGGCACGGUCACGGUGGCCUCCCAUCCGCACGCACCCCAGCAGCAUAGCAACAUAAUCCUGGUGCGCGGCUCACGGUCCGAAAACGGUCAGAUCAUCCUGCAGAACACGCACGAACUGCUGAGUCUGCUGGGCGACGAAGAUAAACCGAUCUUCCUGCAACACCAACGGCUAACGGCAGGCGGCGGCCACUCGCAUCAUGGGACCACGCUGAGCAAAGCGGUCACGGCCAAGACUUUAUCGGACGCGACCGGCGGUGCCGGCAGCACGAUCCUGUUCCAACCGGCCAUCAAAUCAGGGUCGACCAUCGACGGCGCGAGCACGAUACUGUUGCAGGACGCCCUGAAGAAGGCCACCGGUGGUGCGACGCUGGACGUGAGCGGAGCGACCCAGGCCACGGGCAGUGCCACGGGCAGUGCCACGGGGCCGAUUUUCCUUCAGCAGCGGUUGAGCAAAAAUGGCACCGAAGGACCGAUCCUGCUGCGGACGCUCAAGCGGCUCGACAAGUCCCAGUCCAUUCUCGUGAUUCGCAACGCCACGACGACGGGCGGAACGGUGGGAGCGGCCACGGCCACAGCGGUGACAGCGGCCACCGCAGGACUUUCCGUGUCCACGCCCGGUGGAGCCACGCUCGCCAAAGUGAAGCCCAUUUCCACUCCGACGACCACGGUUGUGACGGUGACGGCGGCACCGGUUGGAACCGGCAGUGGCGGAGCGAUGGAACCGGCCGGUGUGAAGGCACGCAUCGGACCGGCCGAGGCAGAUGCUAAGGAGAAAAAGGACACCCCGGCGACAGGAACGAGCGCCACGACAACGACGACGACGACGGUCAAAGUGGUGCACAAAUCGAACAGCACGCCGUUAGGGACAGAUGGUGAACCGAUCAAACUUCCGGACAAUUUGGAGAGUUUGCCCCGGGCCGACCAUUUCCCAACCCAGCGACACCGGUGGAAUACUAAUGAGGAAAUUGCCGCCAUCCUAAUCAGCUUCGACAAACAUUCCGAAUGGCAGUCCAAGGAAGUGAAAACCAGACCGAAGAGUGGCUCGAUGUUGCUGUACUCCCGGAAAAAGGUUCGCUACCGGCGUGACGGGUACUGCUGGAAGAAGCGCAAGGAUGGCAAGACGACCCGCGAAGACCACAUGAAGCUGAAGGUGCAGGGGACGGAGUGCAUCUACGGGUGCUACGUCCACUCGGCGAUCCUGCCCACGUUCCACCGGCGCUGCUACUGGCUGCUGCAGAAUCCCGACAUCGUCCUGGUGCACUACCUGAACGUGCCGUACCCGGACGACAACAAGAUGGCGGUGAUCACGCCCAACCUGGCGCUGUGGGGCGACAAGAAGGAGUGGACGAAGGAGGAGCUGGUCAGCCAGCUGAAGCCGAUGUUUUUUCCCACAGUUUUCAGCGAGGACGAACCGGACGCGGCGAACGAGAUCGAAAUCUCGACGGCCGAAACGGUGGAGACCAUCGUCAGCCAGCUGAUGGAGAAGCAGCGGAUGGCGCGCCAGUCGGCGCUGGUGAAGCAGCUCGAGUGCGGCUGCCCGGACGCGAACUGUGCGGACGGGAAGUCCUGCUCGCACCCGAUGCGCCGGAUCAGCGCCGCCAAGAGUGUCCAGGAGCUCCAGCAGCAACAAGCCGGCAAACGGGGCACGGACGGGCACGUCGGCGGCACGGCUCCGAAUGUCCUGAUCGGCACAAGGAUGUAUCCCCGAUGGUUGGACAAUCGACGGAUGGCAACCGGCAGGAUCGACCAGCAACAGCAACAGCAGCAGCAGCAGCAUUCGCAACAUAACACCAUCCUUGACCCGAACGGGGCGCGGGCCAUCACGCCCAAGGCGCUCGACACGUCGAUGCACUUCCAAGUCAUUCCUACCUCCUCGCAGAGCCAGAAUUCAAUUAGGGCCGGCAAUCAGGGCUCGGCCGUCGGCCACCUGGGCGGCGGUAACCCGAGCGCCCAAUUAACCAGCGUCGUCGGCAGCCAUCUUACGAACGGAAUCGGCGCGACGCAGGCCAAUCAUCUGGCCGGCCAUCGAUCGGCGAUGAUUCUCGCCAGCAAUCAGCACCAGCAACCGCAACAACAUCAGCACCAUCCUCAGCACCAUCAUCCUCAGCAGGCGCAACAGCAGCAUUCGCAUCCCCAUCACGGCCAUCCCCAGCAGCAGCAGCAGCAGCAGCAGCCACCGCAGCUUAGCCUCACGAUGAACGGUGCCAGUAAUACGUCCAGCGCGAACCAAUUAGCAGCCCUCGGGCACUCCAGCCAAGUGCCAUCGGCGGCCAUGAACGGGAGCGCCAGUGCCGGCGGAACGUCGGAGAGGGCCGUCAACCCGGGUCCGGUCUCCCAGGCCGAUCCCAAGUCGACCCAGAAUCCAACCUCCAACGGCAGCACCGACAGCCACAUCCCUCCAGCACCGAAUCGAAGCCCAAACCAGGCGCGCCAGGAAGGACCCGGGGGCCGUGAUGGAGGUGGUGGUGGCCCUAACGCUGGGGCGGCGGGUAACGGACAGCAGAGCGGAAAUGGUGGGCUGCACCACAACCGAAUGACCGUCACCGCCAGUGGUUCGCCAGUGGUUACGUCGACGCCGCCACUGGUGCUGAGCUUGAGUCAGAACCUCGGCACCGGCGGUAGUCUGUUGAUACUGAAUGGCCAGCAGCAGUCGUACGUGUGCCAGCCGCAGCAUCAGAAACCGCACGACAAGGACCCUUCGGAGCAGUCGGUGAAAACGGAAUCGAUCGCCAAACAGGAGAUGAUGGAUGCGUCCUCGUCACCGCCGGUGUCUCACCGACCCUCGAACGCGUCGUCCUGUGCCACUGGAGCCACCUCGUCCAGUUCCGCGUGCUCCGACAAGCAGUCGUUCGAGAGCAUCUUCGGCUUUGGCCAGGACCACACCUCGACAGUCGGUAGCCCGGCACGAGGCAUGGAGGCAACCGGGACGACGCCGGCCCACCACGACAAUCUGCCGUUCUUCAACGAAACCCUCGACCUAUCGCAGGAGGACAUCCAGAAGACGCUCAGCGCCAACAUGCCGCUCGGUGGGCAUGUGGCCGGCCACGACGCGGCCACCCCAACCGAUGACGCCAUGAACGGGGAGAUCAAUCCGAUGGACUUCAUCGAGACCUGCGGCGACAACCAUGGCACGGUCGAUGACGAUGUGUUUGUCAACCUGGACGCGUUCGACAUGCUGGUUGAGUUCCCCGAGCUGGAGCUGGACGCCAAGAGUGAGUUCUUGCGCGACGGGGCCACGACCUCGGACGAGCAGGGCACACCGCAGGAGGACGGAGCCAGUGGCCGGACCGGGCGUGAUCCGAUGAACCAGUUCAAGCUGGGCAACGGGAGUGGUGGGCCGCAUCCGGGCGGGUCCACGAUCAGUGACUUCAGCCCGGAGUGGGCGUACCCGGAGGGUGGCAUCAAGGUGCUGGUGACGGGGCCGUGGAGCGCCAGUUCCGCCUACACAGUAUUAUUCGACUCGUUCCCGGUGCCGACGACCCUGGUGCAGGACGGGGUGCUGCGGUGCUACUGUCCCGCGCACGAGGUCGGCAUCGUGACGCUGCAGGUCGCCUGCGAUGGCUUUGUGAUAUCCAACGCGGUCAACUUCGAGUACAAAUCGCCGCCCAAGUUCGAGACGAAGUGCGAGGGCAACGGCAACGACAUGCUGUACCGGUUCAACCUGCUGAACCGGCUCGAGUCGAUCGACGAGAAGCUGCAGAUCAAGGUGGAGCCGGGCGAGUUGCCCGAAGAUACCCUGAUGUACAAGCAGCACAACUUCGAAGAUCGGCUGGUGAGCUACUGCGAAACGUUGACCUCGAAGAUGUGGCGCUCGGUAACGCCGAGCCCGUUCAUCGACAAGCACCGCGGGAUGACGCUCCUGCACCUGGCCGCAGCGCUUGGCUACGCGAAGCUUGUACGUACGAUGCUCACCUGGAAGGCGGAGAACUCCAACGUGAUCCUGGAAGCGGAGAUCGAUGCGCUGAGUCAGGACAAGGAUGGCCACACGCCACUGACACUGGCCUGUGCCCGGGGCCACACGGAGACGGCCAUCAUACUGUACAAGUGGAACCAGAAUGCGCUCAACGUGCGCACCAACGCCCAGAAGAGCCCGGUCGAGGUGGCCCGUGACUGUGGCCACGUCCAGCUUGCCCGAGAGCUCGAGCGCCAGGAGACGGAACGGAAGCAGCUACAACAGCGCACCCCGACGAGCUCCUCCAUUCCCACGCUCGCCUCCAUUACGUCCACGUCGGCGGGGACCCCCGGCAAGACGUCUGCGUCUUCCGACGCCCCGCCGCUCCCCGGUUCGAGUCACUCAUCGAACGCCUCGUCACCGUCCGCGUCCCCACAGUCACAGUCGUCGUGCUCGUCGUCGGCCCAGGACGGCUCCAAAGCGGGACCAUUCGCCGGGGUCGAUCUGUUGGGCAAACUGAGCGAAGGAAGUGCCAGCAGCAGUAGCAGCACCGGAGAAGCGAGCAGCGAUCCAGGGAGCCGGAAGACUCCGGACAGUAACAACAACGUGCACCAGCACACCAUCGCCGGCUCCACGCUGCAGGACGGCUCGAUGCAUAACUUCCUGAACCUGAACCAAAUCUUCAGCUACGGUGACGGACUGCACGGUGGUGGCAGCGAUAGCUGCAGCAACGACAACUUUGGUCUCGUGGCGGCCUUCAACCCCUCGCUGUCCCCAAACAACCUAUCGCCGUACAGCGACAUGAAGGGUUCGUGUUCGUCGAACGGUUCCCAGCCGGGAACCGGGGGUUCCCAGGCGGGCGGGUUCCACUACGGGCUCGAGAACACCAACUCCAACCCGAUGCUCUCGAACGCGCUGUCCCCGAACUCCGACAGCAAUCGCAGCCACGACGGAGUGUUCCUACGCCCCGGUGCCGUUUACUCCAGCCAAAGCCCUCCUGGUGCGCGGCUCUCGAAGCGAUCCUCGAUCGACAGUGGCAUCAACAUGGACAGCCGCUCCGGAGGACUCGGACGCUCGGGUAAAGCGUUUCGCGAUGCGCAGCGCUCGAACCGGAUGGACCGCAGCAUGUCGCUGCCGCUCGGAUCGGCCGUGUCCGGGUUCGGCUUGGGGGCUGGUGGAGCGGGCGGCAAGACCCUGGGCACGGCGACCGGAUCGGAGCGCGAGUCGGACAGCUUCUCGUUGUCCCUUGGCGAGCGCACGACCGAGUCACCGUCGCAGAUCUCCAGCAACGCUUCGCUGCUGUCGCCACUGCGCAAGAUGGACUUUGCCCUCUGUGAGGUCUCGGCGAAGGAAUCCAGCCCCAUGCGGGAGGACGUGGACACGCUGCAGGAGGACGAGUGCCACCGGCCGCACCCGGAUGGCAUGGAUAUGAGCCAGGGCCAGGGCACCGGUGGUGGCGUUGGGGCGGUCGGGAGCGCAGUAGGGGAUUCAGACGCCAAAGUGCUCACGCUCGCGGAGCAAAUCAUCGCCGCAAUGCCCGAACGCAUAAAGAAUGAGUCUGAAGAAACCAUGUACCUUGGCAGUCCGCUGCCCGAAUCCUUGAACGAGGAUACGUCCGGAAUGGGCAUACUUUCUGACACGUUUAUGGAGCCACUGCUCGAUUCCCUGCCCUCGUCACAGUACGAUCAGGAAUUUAACUUCGAGUUCAGUGACCACAACUAUCGUUACCACGAAGUUGGGACACCCGGUUCGAGCCUCAGCCCCGCGUCGUCCGGCCCGUUGCAAUCUCCUGCCAGCUACUCGAUACCCCCGGAUCAUCCGGUCGGCUCGCCGAGCCCACCACCAACCACGCAGGACUUCACCGAGUUCCUGCAGUCCUCGAGUGCCGCCGUGCGACCUUUCGAGGCGGACUUUUCCAACCUGAAGCUGAACGAUCGUGAGCAGCGCGAGCUUUACGAGGCGGCCAAGUGUAUCCAGAAGGCAUACCGGUCGUACAAGGGCCGCAAAAGUCGUAUGGAAGAGCAGGACAAGGAGCGCACGGCGGCGGUUGUCAUUCAGAACUACUACCGGCGCUACAAGCAGUACGCGUACUACCGGCAGAUGACGCAGGCGGCGCUCAUCAUCCAGAACGGCUACCGGUCGUACUGUGAGAACAAACGCUUCAAGAAAUCACAAACCGCCCAACAGUCCCAGCAGCCGGAAACGAGCAGCGAGGAGGACAAGGCGUCCUCGCAGUGCAUCGAAACCUACUACCAGAACUAUCGCAACGAACAGCAGCAGCAGCAGCAGCAGCAACAACAACAAUCGCCUCAACAGCAACAGCAGAACAAUCAGCAGAGUGGUUCCAGCUCGAAGGAACCAAGUCCAUCGGGUCCCUUGAAACGAACAUAUUCGCAACGAACACAGAAUCAGGCCGCCCGGAAGAUACAGCAGUUUAUGAGACAAUCGAAAAACAAUACAUGGGAUGAGCAAAUGACUAACUUGGCUACAGAGAGAACGAGUCGAAAAAGAGAGGCUGGUCCACCUACGCAGGGUGGAGUACCUCCAAAGCUUGCAGUGCCACGAACAGCACGAGGUUCCACCUACCAACGGUCCAAGGUGAACUAG